CUCCACGACAUCCAACAACUCGACCACAUCUAUUCAUCUAUCUUUCUAUCUUCUACCGUUCACCUCAACCCCGUCAAUUUCAGCAACUUGACUUCUAUCUUUCCGUCCUCUUCUUCAUCGUCGACGCCUACAAGCCACCAUUCAAAAUACCCAAAUCUACCUCUUACUUGAGCCUCUACAAUCUCCAUGCAGUGACUUUUCCCAGGCCAUGUGAUUGAGAGCAAGCGCUCCUCAUCAUGUCUUCCCACUCCCGUACACCCCAAUGGAGCCUUGCGCUUCUUGGUCCCCUUAUUCUGAGCAUUUUCUCGACCGUGGCCCAAUCGUCUGCGGCUGUCAAUGUGGCUCUGAAGACCUCCUUCGAUGCUGCCCCUUAUUUGGUUGAACUACUGGAGACGGCUGCCCUCGAGAACUCGUCGUCAUAUUUCCCCCUCCUCGAUCGCAUCGCCGAUGGCGCCUUUGCCGACCUUGAGUCAGACCAAGAUUUAUACAACCACUUCAUAGAGAUUGUCCAGAAGGAUGGCCACUUAUCCGCUCCCGACUCCCUCUCCUCCUUCAAGUUUGCCCUGUCUCUUCACGCCGCCGCCCCGAGAGUCCAGGCCCAUUUCCAAUACUACAACACCUCGGUCCAGUCUCUUCUUCCUGCCGCCCAGGAUGCUGCUUGCCCUGUUUGGGUUUACUUAGACGGACAGCAGUAUUGCUCCCCUUCACUUGACCGUGCUCAGCAGCCUGUCCAGCUACCAGAUGUCGACACUCCUUUGCCCUUCGACCGUAUCCUUGGCGAAUCUUCUGAUGGUCCGCCUUCUAUUCUCUACGCCGACAUUACACAUCCCCUCUUCGCUCAAUUUCAUCAUGUGGUUAGCAAAACCGCCCGCGAUGGUGCCUCCUCAUAUCGACUACGCUACAGACCCCCCGUCUCUACCAGCUCAAAUCCUCUGUAUGUCAGUGGCUAUGGAGUCGAGCUCGUCCUCAAACGCACCGACUACAUUGUCAUUGACGAUCGAGAUGCCACAACACCAGAUCGCAAAUCCCCCGAACAGCUCUCCCUUGAGAAGGCCGAGGAAGAGGAGCUGAGUGAUCUCAAACCGUUGACAUCUUCCGAAGUAGCUCCUUUGGCUUUGAAUGCCGCCAGCUUCAUUGCCUCUAGCUCCAACCCUCUUGACACUCUCCUCCAGAUAUCCUCUGACUUUCCUCGAUACUCGUCCCUCCUGGCCUCCGCAAAUGUCUCAGAUGAUUUCUUGAGAGAACAUCGGUACAAUCGAGAACGUUUCCUACCUUCUGGGUACAAUGUCUUGUUGAUCAAUGGCAUGCAGAUUGAGCCGCGACAGAUUAAUGCCUACUCUCUGAUAGACCAUCUCCGACGAGAACGACGAAUCAUUGACAAUCUGAAAACCAUUGGUUUGACUUCGUCUGAGGCCAUCGAUCUCUUGUCCAGCCAAGUCAUUGCCGAAUCUCAAGCCAACGAGUCUCCUCAACGUUUUGAUUGGCGCGACAACCUCGAAGAUGGAAAGGCCUUGAUGUGGCUGAAUGAUUUGGAAACUGACAAGAGGUAUGCAGGAUGGCCGUCCAGUCUUCAAGCCUUGUUCCAAAGAGUCUACCCAGGCCAACUCCCCCAAGUUGCUCGUGACAUUCACAACCUUGUUGUUCCCAUUGACAUGAAUAACAUCAAAGAUGUGGAACUGGUUGUGACGGCACUGCAAAGUCUGGUCAGGAGAAAGGUACCUCUUCGCAUCGCGCUUGUGCCUAUUGGUGAUGGCGAAACUGCCGACACAUAUGCAAAGGUCUCUUACCAUAUUCUUGACACCUAUGGUUUAACAACCUUGAUGGCCUUUUACAACGACAUUGUCUCCGGGAAGAAGCUUUUGUCAACCCCAGAACAGAGCUUUGCCGCAGUCAUCAAGGGACGCACUCCUCGAGAGGGGAAAUAUGUCCUUACCUAUGACCAGGCUCUCGCCGCUGAUUCCGUUGAACAGCAUCUUGCUGCUCGAAACACCUACAUUGAUCGACUCGCUCUUCAAGGCGCCAGCAUUCCCUUCCUCAUCAAUGGUGUCGUCAUGACACGCACAGACAGCUGGUUUGAGACCAUGAGCGCUCGCUUGUAUGCCGACUUGCAGAUCCUACAACAGGCUGUCUACGGAGAUCUCAUUCUUGAGGAAAGUUGGAUUCCGGAAUUUUUCAUCGGUCAAGCGCCGUCGCGACGUAAUCAGCUGGUGUUCCCCCACGACCCUAAGGAUGUCAGGAUCCUCGAUGUCAUUGCUCUUGCCACAGCUCAUGGUGGAGAUUUGGCUGCUUUACCACGUGUCGCUGGUUGGGAUGCAGACCUUCUAGGAGAUCGUGCGCACGUGCUCCUCGUAGCCGAUCUGGACUCUGCUGCUGGCCGAGCUCUGUUGGAAGAGACUAUCGCUGUCCAACAUCAGAGACCCCACACCGAUAUAUUGAUUCUUCACAAUCCCGCAGUCGAGGACGCCUCCCCGGGAAUCGCCUGCAGUUUGUAUGCCAUGGUCGAGGACGGACGACGGGAUGUUUACAUUGAGAAACUAUGGGACCUUCUCGAACGUAAAGAAGACUUCGCUGUCCUGGAUGGGGCUGCUGUCUCGGCCUGCAGAACCUUUUGGGCAACCAAGCAGCCUGCGGCAAGGGCUAUCGGAUUUAUGGCUGGUGAAACUGGCCUAUGGGUGAAUGGUAGAACAAUUGGGCCGCUCGUGGCCCCUUUUUCUACCACUGACCUCGAAUCCCUGCUCGACUCUGAGCGCGAACAGAGGAUCAGUCCGGUCACCACGGCUAUUACGGGUCUCGGUCUUGAGAAGCGUUUCGAGGAUGCAUUUGACCUGGCCAAAGUCACGUCCCUGGUCGCCCGGUCUCUCAAGUCAGAUUUGCCUGAAGGACUCCGUGAAAGCGCGCCACUGAUCCGGAUGGAUCUAUUCAAGGUCUGGAACGAAACUUACACAGCGAUCAACUUGGCCAAUCAUGAAGAUGCGACUGUACAAGUCGUUGCCGUCAUGGACCCGGCGUCUGAGGUCACUCAGCAAUGGGUGCCGAUCAUCCAGACUUUGUCUCAACUCCAUGGUAUCAACGUCAAAAUCUUCCUGAAUCCCAAAGAUCGAUUGACGGAAUUGCCUGUCAAACGAUUCCUGCGGCACGUUGUGAGCUCCGAGCCUUCAUUCGACGACAAGGGUUCUCUGCAACGGCCAAUGGCUUCAUUCAAGGGGAUCCCCAAAGACACUCUGUUCAAUCUCGGCAUGAUUGUUCCUCCCUCAUGGCUGGUAGCCCCCGAGAAAUCAGUUCAUGACCUUGACAACAUCAAACUCAGCAGCCUUGCCGAAGGGGAAAACGUCGACGCCGAAUAUGAACUAGAACAUAUCUUGAUCGAGGGCCACGCACGCGAUGUGACUACUUCACCUGCGCCGAGAGGAGUUCAACUCCUCUUGGGCACGGAACAGGAACCUCAUUUUACAGACACUAUCGUCAUGGCCAACUUGGGAUACUUUCAGUUCAAAGCGAAUCCGGGAUAUUGGCAGAUUGGAUUGAAGCCCGGGCGGUCGUCCAAGAUCUUCAACAUCGACAGUGUCGGGCCGAGCGGCUACGAAGCGGCACCGGGGGAUGAAACCACGUCGGUUGCACUUCUUUCAUUCCAGGGCUUGACGCUUUUCCCACGGCUCUCUCGCAAAGCUGGCAUGGAAGAGGAGGAUGUCUUGGAGUCGCCAACUGGAGCGUUGGACUAUCUGAGCAAAGGCGCGUCAUUUGCUUCUUCGGCUCUGUCAUCGUUGGGCUUUGGAAAGAGCACCGAUUCUAAUGCCGACAUCAACAUUUUCUCGGUGGCGUCGGGACAUCUCUACGAACGCAUGCUGAAUAUCAUGAUGGUGUCGGUCAUGAAGCACACCAAACACACGGUCAAGUUUUGGUUUAUUGAACAGUUCUUGUCGCCUGAUUUCAAAUCGACGCUGCCAUAUUUGGCUGAGCACUAUGGGUUCAAGUACGAGAUGGUGACGUACAAGUGGCCGCACUGGCUACGAGGCCAGACGGAGAAACAGCGUGAGAUCUGGGGAUACAAGAUAUUGUUCUUGGAUGUGCUCUUUCCCCUUGAUUUGGACAAGGUGAUUUUUGUCGACGCAGAUCAAAUUGUGCGGACGGAUAUGAUGGAGCUGAAUCGAGUAGACCUCAAAGGGGCGCCGUAUGGAUUCACCCCCAUGUGUGAUUCGCGGACUGAAAUGGAAGGGUUCCGGUUCUGGAAGCAGGGCUACUGGGAAACGUACCUGCGAGGCAAACCGUAUCACAUCUCAGCAUUGUAUGUGGUGGACUUGAAGCGAUUUCGACAAGUUGCAGCAGGGGAUCGAUUGAGGCAACAGUACCAAGCUCUUUCGGCUGAUCCUAACAGCUUGAGCAAUCUCGACCAGGAUCUGCCCAACCAUAUGCAACACAGUCUCCCUAUCCACAGCCUGUCACAAGAAUGGCUGUGGUGCGAGACGUGGUGUAGCGACGAAAGUCUGGCGCAGGCCAAGACGAUUGAUUUGUGCAACAACCCGCAGACCAAGGAGCCCAAGCUGGACCGAGCUCGGCGCCAGGUUCCGGAAUGGACAGAGUACGAUGACGAGAUUGCACGGGUGAUUGAGGCCGCCAAAGGAGUGGGCAGCGACGGUGAGGCCAUGGAUGGCAAGCGGACACGAGAUGAAUUAUGAAGACAAUGUGGGGUCUAGAUGAAAUCAGGCUAUAUAGACUGUACAAAUAUGACAAGAAGCACUUUGUUGGAGACGAUGAGAUUACAGGAUAAAUAGAGUAUGAGAAGAGAAGAGAUAAAGACAGAUUG